AUUACAGGAAUUCUUUCCAACCAACAAAGUACAAACCCAGCCUCCUUCCACUCUUGGUCUGAUACAUACCAUGAACCGUGGGUGUGGAGCAGUGAAGACAAGUCACCAUCAGUGUACCUUUGCUUAAAUAACAAAGUUGCAUGCUUUUACAUUGAUCCAGUGAUUGAGAGCACAGGAACAGCUGGUGUCCGUGGUACUAAAGCUUUCACACAUGGGCAACAUUACUGGGAAGUCAAGCUAAGCUCUGUCUUUGGCACAUCAAUCAUGAUUGGUGUGGGGACAAAGGAAGCUGUGCUUCAAACUAAUGACUACGAAUUUGUGGAUCUGAUUGGAAGGGAUGAUCAAAGUUGGGGAUUAUCUUAUAAAGGAAAGGUUUGGCACAAUGGCCAGGCGCGACGAUACUGUGAACCCUUUUACGACUCUACCGUCAUCGGCGUAUUACUUGAUAUGGAUGCGGGCAUUCUGUCAUACUUUAUGAAUGGAAGACCAUUAGGAGUUGCCUUUACUGGACUGUGUGACAAAGCAUGUGAGCUGUACCCAAUAAUUUCAUCUACGUCAACUCUUUCUGAGAUAGAGCUUUGUGACAGCACUUGUAGGUAUGUGUCGUUGCAGGACCAAUGUCGUAUGACAAUAUCCAAACUUGUCAAGAAGGACAAAAUAGACUUUCUUCCCCUUCCUAGAGGUAUAUGUCAGUCUCUGAAAGGGAUUUAG